AUGGAGUCCCUUCCCGAGCCGCUGCUGGUGCGGAUCCUGGCCUCCGUCCCGGCUGUUGAGCUGAUCCUGGUGUGCCGGCUGGUCUGCUCCCAGUGGAAGGCCCUGAUCGACGGCACGGCCCUGUGGCUACUGAAGUGCCAGCAGGAAGGCUUCGCCGGAGAAGAUGCGGAAGAGGCGGGAGGCGAGAAUUGGCAGAUGCUUUAUUUCCUGAAUAAGCGGAAGAAGAACUUGAUCAAGAACGCCACCGGCGAAGAGGGCCUCGAGCACUGGGAGGAAGUGGACAGCGGGGGCGACGGCUGGAAAAUCGAGGAGCUGCCCGGAGACUUCGGGAAAGAAUUCCCCAGCGAGGAGGUCCACAAGUACUUUGUCACGUCUUUUGAGUGGUGCCGCAAAUCCCAAGUCAUUGAUCUCCGGGCUGAAGGGUACUGGGAGGAGCUGAUGGACACGAUCCAGCCAAAAAUUGUGGUGAAGGACUGGUACGCGGCCCGGUGUGAUGCCGGCUGCUUGUACGAGCUGAAUGUGAAGCUGCUGUCGGAGACGGACGAGGUGGUGGCGGAGUACAGGAGCGAGACGAUAGCUCUCCCGCAAGACAACGAAGGCGAAUGGAACGAGAUCACCCACACGUUCACCGACUAUGGCCCUGGGGUUCGGUUCGUCUCUUUUGAACACGGAGGCCAGGACACGGUCUUCUGGAAGGGCUGGUACGGAGCACGCAUGACCCACAGCAGCGUCACCGUGGAGCUAUAA